UCAGCAGCAGCAGCUUAACUGUUCAACGGUCCAAACAAACUGACACAGAGAUGACAGCUGGUCCUUCUUGAAAUGAUGGAGUUGACUGACACAUCCCACAGGAUUCACCUUGACUUGUAAACUCCAAUGUAUUUGUAUGUAUUUUUCAAAUUCCGUUGUUUGACAUGCCCGGACACCGUUUCGCAUUGCCCUUCUGGUUUUAAGCGAAUAAAUGCAACAUUGGGCAGGAAGGGAAGGUGCAUCCUGGGCAAUUUUCAGCCGUCAGCAGCCCAGAACCAGAUCUGCCCAGUUCUAUGGAAGGAAGCAGGACUCGGUUUUUCCAUGCGUGUUGACUUCCCAAAGUGUCCUUGCCACUCGGUUCAGCGGAAGCAGCUAAGGAGGCAGACAUGAGCUUUGCAGUGACCUCUGGGGCACCCUUUGUGUCUUAGAGGACCCUAACCGCCUGUCUCUCCACUGGCUGGGCCCACAGAAGGAAGACUCCCUCUCUCUCUUCGUAGAAACCUGCAAGUGACUGCGUGGGACCCUCAACAGGGCUGUAGCCUUUGAUUUCCUUCCGGAGCUGGUUUUCAGAAGAGGUGCCUGGGAGGAGCCUUGAAGCCUACAGAUAGGCUGGCCGAUUCAGCAGGAAAAAAGCUCUCCCCACUGUAGACUUGAAAGGCUGUGAUGAAACUGUGUUGUGGGCAGUUACCGGUACUUCUCUCAGGACAGAGGAUGGGACGUCAUCUUCAUUUCCUUUCCCACCCCUCCCAGCCUUUUGGCCCCGCGCCCCCCUGGGUCCAAAGGUGAGAGGAGGAGCAUAAAAACCCCAGAGCCUCAGAAGCUCCAGCUUUCAUCAGGGACUCUUUCCAUCCUUGGCUUGGCUGCAGGAUGAAGCCCCUGGCUGCCCUGAGGAUCCAGUCUCUCUUUUGCUUCUGUGUCUGCCUCUCCGUCGCAUCCUUAGAAGAGGAAAAGGACCCAGAAUAUUGGAACAUAAAAGCCAAGCAGACCCUGGAAUCAGCACUCAAGUUGACACCCAUGAACCACCGAGCAAAGAACGUCAUUCUCUUCCUAGGAGACGGCAUGGGGGUGCCCACCAUCACAGCCGCCCGAAUCUACAAGGGCCAGCUGGCAGGAGGCUCCGGGGAAGAGAGCGUGCUGGCGAUGGAGAGAUUCCCCUACGUCGCCUUGUCCAAGACGUACAAUGUGGACCGGCAGGUGCCUGACAGUGCCGGAACCGCCACUGCCUACCUGUGCGGGGUGAAGGCCAAUGCUAAGACCCUGGGCCUGAGUGCUCGUGCCACCUUGGGCCAAUGCAACACCACCUUUGGCAACGAAGUCCACUCUGUGCUGCAUCGGGCAACAUUGUCAGGGAAGUCUGUGGGGAUCGUGACCACCACCCGUGUGCAGCAUGCCUCUCCAGCCGCCGCCUAUGCCCAUUCGGCCAGCCGCGAGUGGUACGGCGACGUCAACAUGUCGAAGGAGGCCGCCAGCCAAGGCUGCAAGGACAUCGCCUAUCAGCUGGUGCACAACACAGACAUCAAUGUGAUUCUCGGAGGAGGGCGGAAAUUCAUGAUGCCCCGGAACAUGAGUGACCCAGAGCAUCCGAAACAGAACGGGACCAGGAAGGAUGGCCUGAACCUCAUUGAAAUGUGGUUGAGCAACAGGAUGGGAGCUCAGUAUGUCUGGAAUAAAACAGGCCUGGCUUCCGUCAAUGAAAACUCUACCAACCAUCUUAUGGGCCUCUUUGAGCCGCACGACAUGGCGUACGAGCUGGAUCGCGACAACAACACGGACCCCUCCAUUGUGGAGAUGACGGAGAAGGCCAUACGGAUCCUGCGCAGGAACCCCAACGGCUUCUUCCUCUUUGUGGAAGGAGGCAGGAUUGACCACGGGCAUCACAAAGGCAGAGCCAAGCUAGCUCUGAGCGAGACUGUGAUGAUGGACCGGGCCGUGGAGAGAGCCGUGGAGCUGACCGACGCCUCAGAAACUCUCAUGGUGGUCACAGCUGACCACUCGCACGUCUUCACCUUAGGGGGCAACACACCCCGGGGCAACAACAUCUUUGGCCUGGCACCCAAGCAAGCGAAAGACAAGCUGGCAUUCACCAGUAUCCUCUAUGGGAAUGGACCUGGGUACAAGCUCAGGAAUGGCAGCCGCCCAGAUGUCAGCUCCGAGGCUAUCGAGGACAAGGACUACCGGCAGCAGGCAGCUGUGCCCCUGGACGUCGAGACCCACGGCGGAGAGGACGUUGCCAUCAUGGCGCAGGGACCCAUGGCCCAUCUCUUCCACGGCAUCCAGGAGCAGAACUACAUCGCCCAUGUCCUGGCCUACGCAGGCUGCAUCAAGCCAUAUGACAGGCACCCCGAGUGCCCUGAGCAGAUCCGGACUGAAGGCUUUGGAUCACGUGGCCUGGGUGUCUCGUGUCACCCCUCCUCGCUCCCCGUCUUUGCACUCUGGGCGUGCCUGUUCUUUCUGAUGAUGUGACACUGAAAGACACACACGCACACACACACGCACACUACUGGAAAGCUCGUCUUCAAAAGACCUCUCUGGGCAUCACCUGGGAGGUUGCUAGAAUAUCCUUGGCUUCCUUGGACGUUCCCAAAAGGACACCAGUCUUGUUUGUUCAUUUGUUUGUCUUCCUUGCAUACAACUGUAUAUUAAAGGAUGGUGAUGCUCUCCUUAGCCUCAGCUUUCAAAGAAUAAACCGUGAUGUUGUUUCCUUUGUACCUGUAUAA